UUUUAAGAGAUAAGAAGACAAUUGAUAAAGUUUGCUUUUAUAAAUAACUUAAGAUCAAUCUAUUUCUUCAGUUAAUCUUAAAGCUUGGACAUGGCUAAACAUCAUCUAACAUUUAAUUUAAUUAUUAUUAAUUUCAUAUUAAGUUCCAUGAUAUGUUUUUGUUAUGGAAACUGUGAUAUUACACCUCCUGAACAGCAACCAGGAGUAGAUGAUUUUAUUGAUAAUAUAUCGGCGCACUACAAAAAUGAAAUACAAAUUAUUGAAGCGCAGCUUUCCCAAAUGCAGUAUUCUUUUCAAAAGCAACUCACUGUCGUGGAGUACAAUCAAGAGUUAGUUGCUAAAACAAGCAGACAACUAGAAUCCCGCAUGAGAAGCACAGCAACGCUUAACUAUAAAACCAAACUAUGUAUUCAACAUUUUAUGAGCAAUGUAACGAUGGAGAAUCUGAAUAUUCAAACAAAAUUGCGCACGUGUGUUGAUACUGCGCGAACUAAUUCAAAGACAAUAGCUGACAAUGUGAAGAAUCAAAUAAGAAAUUCCAGAACUCAGUUACAAGAGCUCGUUAAUACUGAUUUGGUAUUAUGCCGGAAGAAUAAUGCAAACAACAUGCAAAAACUACUUGAAUGUGUUAGAGAAAAGCUUAAGGUUCGUGAGGUUAAUAUUCAGAAUAUGCUGAAAGCAGCUGUAAGAGAUAUUGCAAGUUGCAUGUGCAGAUCUGAUAUUUUAGCAGUGACCGCACAAGAAUGUUCGUUUCUUUUUAUUCUGGAAAUGUAUACGCUCUUAUCGGAAAUUGUUUCAAACAUAAACACAUGUAUUGGCGAAAGAUUGCUAGAAAUAAAAUAAUAUGAAUUUACGUAUGU